AUGCGGCCGACCCUGACACCGGAGGAGAUAACAAAACACAACCGGCUCGACGAUAUCUGGGUCGUCAUCCACGGAAACGUUUGGGACUUUACCGACUUUGUCCGCGAACACCCCGGCGGUAUCGCGGUGGUGCUCAAGUGUGCAGGCAAGGACGCAACAGAAGUCUACUCCGAGGUUCACGGGCCGAACCUAGUCAAGUCCACACUCCCGGCUACUCAGCUUAAAGGCGUCCUCGCUCCGGGAAGCACAAUGCCUAAACCAAAACAGAGCCAAAGCGCCAGGCAGGCCAGCAACGAAACAGAGCCGAGGAAGGAGGAACAGCAAGCCCUACAGCCACCUGCGCAGGCCUUAAAACCCCCUUUGGAAACCCUCAUAAGCGCCCACGACUUCGAGCAGGCCGCCUCAACUUCAUUCUCUCCAAAGGCAUGGGCUUUUGUCUCCUCAGCCGCGACGGACCUGCAUACUAAAAGUCGCAAUGCCUCCGCUUACUCCCUCAUUGGCCUACGACCCCGGGUUCUUGUGGACGUAAGUUCCGUCGACACGUCAACGACGAUGCUCGGCAAUCGUAUGCGCUCGCCAAUCUUCUGUCCUCCAACAGCAAUGGCCCGCCUGGUGCACCCGGAGGGCGAGAAGGAGUUGGGUAGAGGCUGCAAGGCAGCGGGUAUUCCUCAGUGUGUCUCGGUCAGCGCCUCGUUCCCUUUGGAAGAGAUUCUUGCCGCCCAGGCUGCUUACACCCCGCCGUCGCAAAAAGAACCGUACGACGUCCCUGUGUUCUUCCAGCUUUACGUCGACAAGAACCGCGCCAACUCGGAGCGUCUACUCCGUUCUGCCCAGGCCCAGGGCGUAAAGGGCUUGUUUCUGACCAUCGACGCGCCGAUCCCGGGGAAGAGGGAGGCCGACGAGCGCGUUCACUCGGACGAGUCCCUUGGAUCGCCCAUCUCCGGCGCCCGAGCCGUCAAUGACUCCAAGGGUGGCGCUCUGGGACGUAUCAUGGGAAGCUACAUAGACGCUUCAGUGAACUGGUCCGACAUAGCCUGGCUCCGUCGCACUGUUCCGGGAUUGCCCAUAAUUCUCAAAGGAAUCCAGACAUGGAUGGACGCCGAACGAGCUGUAGAAGCCGGCGUUGAAGCCAUUGUCCUCUCUAACCACGGCGGCCGGAGCUUGGAUACGUCCCCAGCCACGAUCAUGGUACUACUGGAGCUGCAGAAGAAUUGCCCGCACGUGUUUGACAAACUAGAGAUCUACGUAGACGGGGGUAUCACACGAGGAACGGACGUUUUCAAGGCGCUUUGCCUGGGCGCCAAGGCGGUUGCUGUUGGGAGGGGGCUCUUGUAUGGACUCAAUUAUGGUGCUGAGGGGGUGGAGCAUUAUGUGGAAAUCUUGCGAGAUGAAUUGGAAACGACAAUGAAGAUGUGCGGCGUCACCAGCCUGGACCAGGUACACCCGGGUUUCCUGAACACGCUCGCCGUGGAACAGUACGUACCGGGGCGACAGGACAACCCAAAUACGCCAUGGCGCCGGGACAGACAAAGCCGGUUGUAA